AGAGGAGAGGAGGGGAAGAGACGGGGGUAGAGGAGGCGAUGGAGUUCAAGGCUGGUGAGCAUGCCGUCACUUCUGCAACCUUCGCCUACGCAACCCCUAGGAAGCAUCCCUUGUCCUUAGAGCGAACUCUCUUCAUGCGGCAGCCGCGAGAGAGCAGCGCCAAGGUGGCAAGAGCGAAGAUGAAGGGCAGACGCUCCUCCAACGAGACUGCCAACUCCAGCCGAACGUUCUCUAUACUUGCCUUCAAGUCACGCCUUGAGGGUGACAUAGCAAACACUCUUCAAAUACCUCACAGUGCUGUCUUCGUCGAAAGUUUCCUCCCGUGGGCAGACGACAAGUCUGCCCUGCUUGUUUCUUUCUUUCAGAACCAACAAGUGUCAGGCGAUCGAGAUAAUGAGAAGCUCGCGAGGGACCUCACGGCAAAGAUCAUGCGGCUUGAGCGAGGGCUUGCGCUUGAAUGCGGCAAACCUUCAACGGCAGCCGACAAGAGCGCUCUAUGCUAUGCCACCCAUGCCAUGAUGGUGGAGGACUCAAGCCUUGGAGAGCGCGAGGUGAAGGUAAGGAUAAUCAUGUCUGGGGACUACGAGCAGUACCUGUCGUCCUCGUGCCUUCCAGCUUACCAACAAGACUACCUUGAGCCACACACUGGAAGAAGACACUCCACCGGGACUUGCCAGGGCCCUCUCGAGCUCAGGGUUGCAGAGACCCAGUCGCCGGUUCUUGAAGUAUGCUUCGCUUUCCAGCCCUCCUAG